GAUAUUAAUGAUAUUAUUAAUGAUAUAAAUGAUAUUAAUGAUCACCUACUGCACACUGAAGGAGUGGAAACAGUUUGUCACACAGGGCAGGUCCGGGUCUGUGUUCUGGACUGUUUUCAGGCUUUUACGUUGAAGGCUUUGACCGGACGUGUGAAGGUUUAUUAUGGCUGUUUUGUCUCGUGCCCGUCUCGGUGCGGCGGAGCAGCGCGAGCCUCUCAGCUGUUUGAACCUCGGACGGUCCGCGUCCAGAUUCAAACGUUAAAAUAAAAAGUUUCCUCUGUUUGUUUUAAACUUAAUGUUGGAUCCGGUUUUAUUUUCCGGGUUCGGGUCUGAGAGGAAUGUGAGUCUCGGGUGUUGUUAGACUCUCGUUCUGGGUUUGCUGUGUCGCGUUGAACCGGAGAAAGAACCGGACCCGACCCGGCGUCACCCGACCCUGUCCCGGCGACGGUGUUUGGACCCAAACGGAACCCACAGACCGGGUCAAGAUGUCGGUUCUCCUGAGUCUCUUUCUAGUCCUGCACACAUGCCGGGGCUUCCCACACCAGCUGUCCGAGCCGCCCGGACGGUUCUCCCUCACCGACCCGCUGCUGGACUACGACCGGCUGGAUGAGGAGCUGGGAGGCGGCGGGGGGCGGAACGGGACCGGCUGCGGGCCGUGUGAGCCGGACUUGUGCCCGGAGACCCGGGGCUGCCGGGCCGGUCUGGUGCUGGACUCCUGCGGCUGCUGUAAGGAGUGCGGGAACCUGGAGGGUCAAGCCUGCGACCCGGGGGACCGCAGCGUCUUCUACGGGCUCUGCGGGACCGGGCUGCGGUGCCAGGCGGACCCGCGGCCCGCAGGAGGAGCAGAGGAGGAGGAGGAGGAGGAGGAGGAGGUGUGUGUGUGUGAGGAGCAGGAGGCGCUGUGCGGCAGCGACGGAGUCACAUACAUGAACAUGUGUCAGUUCAGAGAGACCGCUUUCUCCAGACCAGAACUCAAGAUCAGAGGGAGGGGGCCCUGCAAGACCGCAUCAGCGCUGCGCUGGAUGCUGGAUAUGCGGCGAGGUUGGCGUUACCGAGGUUGGCGUUACAUUUGGAUUUCUCAAACGGAGGUCAGCGACACCUCUGAGUCCUCUGACUUGAAGUUCAGUGAUAGCUGUUGUUUCUGUUUCAUUUUAAAAAACAGCGACUAAAAAGCCGUUUAGCUCGGCGCGAUGAGCAAAGUGGCAUCGGUUGCUAGGUAACAGACAUAAAAGUCGAUGCUAGAUCGAGUGUUUAGGAUUUGCUGACCUGAGAUAAGACAGGACUCCUAAACUGAGUUAGCUUGAUUUGCUCCUCUGAUACCAAACUGGGAGAAAUCCUCUCUGAGACUCUUUCUGUGAGACGGCCCCUGAGGGCCCCUGAGGGCCCCUGAGCUGUUCCUCACGCUGCAUUCUUGUCUGUUCUUGUGAAACGUCAACAAUCGCUGCUCAAAAGUCCGGACGUGUUCUCGCCAUGCCCGUUUUUACGCAGCCAGAUAUCCCAGAAUGCAUUUCGCACCAAAAAGUGAGAUUUUAACUUGAUUUUCCUCGUGUUGACAAAGAUUUGAUCACAAUCGUUUUGAACGUUCUGCCUCAGAUUUGUGAUUCUCUGUUCGGCCUCAGGUGUUCUGACCGUGAAGAAAAGUUUAAACCGCAGUUAACCUUUAACCUUUCCCUCAGGAGCAGAAAUCAAACUCGAUAAUUAUCGAUAUCGAAAGACAUGAAACUUUUUAUCGUGAUAAUCAAAUGAUAACACGAUAAAGAAUCUCAUAUCGUUUGAUAUCGACAACAAAUCUGAGGCAGAACAGUCAAAACUUAUUUCAUCAGAUUUGCACGAGAAGAAUCUCCUCAACAAAAUAAACAUUUGUUUGAAUUAAUUUAUUCAACAUUUCUCAUUUUGUUAAUUAAAUUAAUAAUUCUGAUUAUUCUGCCAUAUUUCUGUUACAUUCAGCUGUGUAGUUCAGGGGCCCUGGGAGAGAGGAGCGCUGCCUCAGGUAGCUCCUGCUGUCAGGAGUAAUCUGAUCACCAGGACCAGGUCUGACCGGGACCCCCCUGUUCAGACUCCACCCGCCUCUGCCGGUGUCUGAGGACAAACGCUGCUCCUCCUCCUGCUGCUGCUCCUCCUCCUGCUGCUCCUCCUCCUGCUGCUGCUCCUCCUCCUCCUGCUGCUCCUCCUCCUCCUCCUCUUCCUCCUGCUCUUCCUCUUCCUCCUCCUCCUGCUGCUCCUCCUCUUCCUCCUCCUCCUGCUCCCCCUCCUGCUCCUCCUCCUCCUCCUACUAAACUACAGCGUCUGCCUGAAUAACAGGAAACAUGUGACACACUGACACUUUCAGAAUAAAAGCGUGAAAAGGUUUCUAGAACAAGCCCCCGCCCCCUCAUGUUAGAGGCUGCAGUGAUUGGCUGCGGGCUGCACAUGUGUAGAGG